AUGGCUGCCGAUCAGAUCUACGAUAUCCGAGAGCUGCCUGAAGACCCCCGGAUUCGCUCAGGGCGCAGAUACCGAAAUUAUCUUUCCUAUGUAGCCCAGUCUGCUAUUUGGAUCGGCAAUAUCUAUGUUACCCUCCGUUUAUUGGCAAUCUUGCUUUCUCCGCAAACAUGGCAGGUCUGGGUGAUGUUCCUUGUCGAGGCUGUUUUCUUUGACCUCUCACGAAAAGAUCAACACCUAGUCAUUGCAGCGUCCAAAGUCAAGGAGAAUGGUCCCCGGAAGAGACUACGCGUGCAUGGGUCUAAGGAUCUUCCCCACGUAGACGUGCUGCUGCCUUGCUGUGGCGAAGACGUGGAUGUUAUCAUGGCCACAGUACGCGCAGCUUGUGCCCUCGAUUAUCCAGCCUCCUGCUUCCGCGUGAGGGUCCUGGACGAUGGGGGAUCCGCAGCCUUGAAAGAAGCGGUGUCAGCCCUGCAAUCCCAAUGGAGUCACGUCUCAUAUCAUUCCCGUGGCAAACAAUCCGGGAUGGUAUUUGCCAAAUCAGGCAAUCUGAAUUACGCCUUGACUACCCUGCAAAGAGAGACUCCGCCCGAAUUCUGUGCGAUUCUCGAUGCGGACUCCGUUCCAUGCCCGGAUUUCCUCCGGGCAACCCUGCCUCAUCUAUUGCAAAGUCCAGACGCCGCUCUGGUUUCCACACGUCAAUAUUUCUCUAACCUGCCAAACGGUGACCCGCUUUCUCAGACUCGGAGUCACUUCUACACGUGCCAAAACGCCGCCUUGGAUGUCCUCGGUCUCGCAAUCGACGCGGGCUCGGGAGCAGUUUUCCGACGGAGCGCAAUCGUGCAAGUUGGUCUAUACCCAACAUUCUCCUUCUCUGAGGACUGGCAGUUGUCCCAAAUCUUGCAUGGCAAUGGUUGGCGCACGUUCCAAGUUCAAGAGCCUCUGCAGUUUGGUCUGGUCCCAGAUUCGCUUACGGGCCACUGCGCCCAGCGAAACCGAUGGAAUAUUGGACACGCGCAGCAGAUUCCUGCCAUGCUCUCAUCCGAUUAUAAACACUACAAGAAGUCUUUGCGGCGGAGUGUCAUCUGGGAUGGGUUUGGAAUCGUAGCCGGAGAAGUCGAGUGUUUCUUUGGCUUCCUUGCAGUUCCGUUGCUCUUUUUGUCAGGGCAGCUAAUCCCGACAACCAACCCUUCUCUCGUCAAGGCUCAGAUAUUCAUGUCUGUCUGUCAAGUCUCAGUCAUGUGGAUAUAUGAGUAUGUCCAGGCUGCCCUGAAUAACUUCCAAAGUGCACCAUUUGCUCACCUAGAAAACAAAUGGUUGGCUGGCCCGAACAUACUCGCGAUAUUGCGAUUUUAUCUUGUCUCCGCCAAGCCUAAGGGAUCUUCCUUCGUCACGGGAAGCAUUCUCAAUACCUGGAACCAACAUGCCUUGUCGGCAUGCAGGAGAAUCUACCUCGAUCUCUGGAAGAAUGGCGUCUUCUACAAUUUGUCAUUACUGCUUGCUAUCGUCUGGGCUGUUUACUACGCGGCAACGUCCUUGAUGGAAAAUCAGGAGUACACCAUCACUAGCUUGCUGACGAGCGUCGCCUUCCCUCCCUUAUUGCAUAUCUGCUACCUUACGCUGUCGGUCAACUGGGUCCCUGUCGCUUAUAUCUUGAAGCCCCCUCACUACCCUAACCGUUCCUCGCAUCUACCAGCCGAGAACGGGAAAUCGGCACCUCACGUGGAAGCCAAACGUGAAGCUACCUCGGAAUCUAGAUGGCAUGCCGUGGACAAGGUGGGCAAGGAAAUUUUGCACUUGGGAACCAGGUUGGAGAUCCAAGAGCGUCCCGAGCUCUAG